UUUUUUGUAAGAAGAAGAUUAUUGAGGUUAUGUGACUCUCAUAACCUAUAAUUACAGCGUUUUUUAUUCUUUUUAAAACAAAAUGUUGUCGUCUAAGGUUAAGUUGAUUUCAAAUAUUGCUCCUAAAGUUAUUUUACCAAAUUUUAUAAGAUUUAGUUCUUCAACCACAACAACUCAAGAACCACCUAGAAUAGAAAAAACAAUCAAUAAUGUCCAACUUUUGGGCAGAGUAGGAGCCGAUCCUCAAAAAAAAGGUUCUGAAGAUCACCCAAUAGCAGUAUUCUCUCUUGCAACCCACUCAAAUUACAGAUACGAAUCCGGUGAAUUUCUACAGCGCACUGAGUGGCACCGAGUGGUUUGUUUUAAACCUGGUUUACGAGAAACAAUUUUAAACUACUUAAAGAAAGGACAGAGAGUCCAUGUAACAGGUAGAAUAACUUAUGGGGAAAUAAAAGGUGAAGAUGGAAGACCCAGAUCAACCACAGCUAUUGCUGCAGAUGAUGUUAUUUUUUUUAACAGUGCACAAUAAAUUUAAUUUUUUUUAUUAUUUCAUUAAGGAUCUGAGAAUUAUGUUUUUUAUGUCAGUUUUAAAGUAAAAUGUAUUUAAAGGAAGC